AUGGAAUUUCUCAGAGAAGACAAAUUCGACGUUUCUUCCUCUUCUUCUUCUUCCUCCUGUUCUUGGUUGGAGGUGAGCUCGUUGAGCAGGGAGCCGAAACUGUUACUGGCGUCGGAGCGACCCAAGAAGCGAGCGGGACGGAGGGUUUUCAAGGAGACGAGGCAUCCCGUGUACAGAGGAGUGCGACGGAGGAACAAAGACAAGUGGGUUUGCGAGGUUCGUGUGCCGAACGGUAACACCAGGAUUUGGCUCGGAACAUAUUCGACGGUGGAGAUGGCCGCUCGUGCUCAUGACGUGGCGGCUCUGGCUCUUCGUGGUAAAUCGGCUUGCCUGAAUUUCGCUGACUCAGCUUGGCGGUUGCCUCUACCGGAAUCAACCAAUGCGGCGGAGAUCAGACGGGUGGCGGCUCUGGCUGCUGAGGAAUUCGGCAGGAGUGGUGAUGAUUUUGAAGUUUGCAGUCUCAGUAGUACAACGGCCGAAGAGGAAGUCAUCGGAGAUGCGCCGAAUGUACAGGAUUAUUGUGAAGAAGAUGAAGCGACGUAUAUUUAUCAAAAUCCAGCUGUGUCAACGAAAUUUGACGAGCUCCGUCAUUUGAUAGUGAGUAUGGCGGAGGAGCCGCUCCGAUCGCCACCCUCUGUUAGGCCAUAUGGGUGGAGUUGGGAUGACGUGGAGGCAGACACUGAGGUCUCACUGUGGCAAUAUUGAGACCAAUUGAGACGUUAGAGGAAAUAGGUCAAGAGCUUCUUCUUAACCUUGGACUAAGGUCAAAUGUUCGAUUAUUAAUAAGAAUGUACAAGAGCUGU